CACUCUUCACGGCACAAGCACCAAUUUCAAUCUCCAUGUUGAGCCUGAAACCCUAAUGUUCAGAUUACCAGUGGACAUGAAUUCAGGGGUUUUCACAUCAAGCUGAGCUCAAACACCUCCCAAAAAUGGCCCUGAAAACCAUAAUUCAAUUCCCAGUUUUUGCUCCACCCAAUCCACCACACAACAAUAGGCACUACCGUCCCGCCACCGAAAUCCGCUUUUCCCGGUGGAACAACGCCAACGCCGAGAAAUUCAUCCGCCACAAACGCACCCAGAAAGAAAUCGAAGACGAACUCCGUUUCCACAAACGCUUCGACUCCGCCCUCAACAUCGCCAACAAUUAUGACACCACCACCACCACCACCACCACCACCACUGAUACUUUCAAAUCCACCGGAACGCCAUCAACACCCUCUAGACCUUCAAUUCCCGGCAAGAAAUCGAAAUACUCCAAAAACCCAAAAAAUUAUAAAACCCCCAACUACGUACACCCCGCAUUUAAACCAGUUACGAGGCAUUCAGUUGUAUCAAAUGUAUCGGAAGAGGAUAAAACUGGUGUUAAAAUUAGUGAAAAAGGGGUUUCAUAUGAAUUCCCAGAAGCCCCCUUUGAGUUUCAGUACAGUUAUACUGAAACCCCAAAGACUAGAGAUUCUGGAGAGUCGCAUACUACUAGAGUCACUCUUCACGGCACAAGCACCAAUUUCAAUCUCCAUGUUGAGCCCGAAACCCUAAUGUUCAGAUUAUCAGUGGACAUGAAUUCAGGGGUUUUCACAUCAAGCUGA